AUGGUCUUAAGAAUAACACCGGCCGCUUCAGACUCAACAGGAAUGGACCCGGACAAUUCUGACCCAACCACUCCAACAGGGACAUCGUCCAUCUCAACUUCGUCAUCAUCCAUGUUGACUCCCCUCUCCUCCUUAAGAGCCGCAAGAUCGAACUCGACACUUGCGUCCCUCGUCUCCCAGAAGAGUCAGAUCAGAUCCCACAGGUCCAUGUCGACACUGAACCCUCCCGAAACUCGGUUUUCAAGCCUCAGAUACGGAGACAAAGACGACUUGGGCAAAGCCACUAUCUGCGACGCAGAAACCGGGCUGCGUCUUCAUCGACACCCGAGUCUGUGGCUGGAAGACGGGAGCGUCAUAUGCAGAGUCGAGGACACCCUGUUCUGCGUGCACAUGUCGGUUUUGGCUAGACAUUCGAUAUGUUUCCGUGACAUGUUCGCCAUUCCCCAGCCUGAAUCCAACCUCCGGGACUCUUUGGUACUCGAAGGGGUUGGAAUGCGUAGUGGCGCCCAAAGGAUCCCUGUGAUAACCCUGUUUGACAAGGCAGAAGAUGUCGCCAACUUGAUCGAAGCCCUUUAUGACAUUGGAACGAAUUUCGGGAAUAAUGAUGAAAAGGAUUUCCGAGCGGUUGCUGGAAUCCUACGACUUGCGACGAAAUAUAUUAUUGAUGAGCUGCGGGAGAUGGCGCUGAAUCAUCUCAGCAUAGCCUGGCCCACGACGCUCAAGGCUUGGGACCUGAGGGAAGAUCUUGCCCGUAGCUACGAAAUCGACGCUACUAUACCUAGCGCACGUCUCUACCCUCAUCCAUUUGAAGUAAUCAACCUAGCCAGAGAAGUUGAGGCCCCUUCACUGCUACCAGCGGCAUUCUAUGAUCUAUCUCGGUAUUCCUUCUCGCAGAUAUUCGAACCACAUGAAGACGACGCUCUCUAUCGACCACCUGAACAACCUCCACCACCUUUGUCCCCCGCCGAUUUACAAAGGCUAUGCGUAGGGAAGGAGCACACUCAACAGAUGAUCACAGCUCUGAUCCAGGCGAUGGGUAAUGGCCAGCAUAUUCGCCAGUCGCAACAACACCCCCCUCACAGCUUGUCGCGACGAACCUCAUCUUCAGGCGCUGUUUGCGUGUCAGCCGCAGCCUGCCGGAAAGACUUCACCGAGCUUGUCGAGCUUGCCACACAGCAUUACUUGUUCGAUCGCGAACGAGGAUGCCAUGACCCUCUUUACGUUGCGGAAGAGCUGGGACAGUUGAAGAGCGCAGAAAUCUCCGAGUGUAAGGCGUGUGCCAAAUCACUGGAGGGCUGGGCGGCUAGGGAGAGGGAGAAGAUCUGGAAACUAAUACCGGUUUGGUUUAGGUUGGACAUGCCGGUGGAUGCUUCUGCGAAGUUUCACUGA